UCUCUCUCGCUCCCUCUCUCUCUCUCUCUUGCUCUCUCUCCCUGUGUCAUACACACGCAACCCAAGGCACAGACAGGAGGCUGUUCACGACCCAGUUUGUUUUGUUUUCCAUUCAUCCUUCCUUUCGUAUGAUUACUCAUACUGGAUCGAUGAUGAUGAUUCCGUAAGGGUGAGCCAUCUGUGGCGAUCUGUCCAACACGUGCCGACUCUUCUGGAUAAAAGAACGAAGAAGUGGGAAGUGAGUGGACCCGGCGUGUGCAUGCGUCCUUCCACUGCCGCGGCGUGCGCACAAGAAAAGGUGAUCCUCUCGUCGGCUGCCGCGCACCACUGCACACAGGAGGACAUGCAUGCGCUCCAGUGAUGCAGUGGAACUUUACGCUUCUCCGUCAAGGACAUUAGAGUCGGUUGGAUGUCACAGAAGAAGCCAUAGCGCAGUUUGUGCCUAACUUCGGGGUGCUUGGAAGAUUCGGGUAACUGAACAAGUUUAAUUGGUGAUCUGUUGUUGUGCUGGGACCCCGUGGAGCGGAAAGACGCUGUUAAUAUCCCCCUCGGCGACAUAUGGUCUAUGUGGGCGCAGAUUCGGAGCUGACAACCCGCUCCUUCUCCACGGCGCGUUCUCGGCGUGGCUGGUGUGGACAGAGUCGGGUGCGCUGAGGAAUGCGGAGCCAGGAUUUAGUCUUUUCCACCUCACCUGCGGAACUCUUCGCAGCACAUACGAAACCGACUGACGCAGCCGGUGAGUCCACAGAGCGCCAUGCUGAGGCAGAUCCUCCUCAACUCCACCGACACGCCAGACUUCGACCUGGUGCUCAUGGCCCAGUCUUCCACGAAUGGUCCCUCCUCACUGAACGCCUCCCACGGCGGCUCGGUGAGCGUGGCCGCUCUUCUGAGACCCACCACGGGGCGAGGAGGGGGACUCCGGGAGGGCGAGCUCCACAAACCGGACCUGAUCACCUAUAUGGUCAUGUGCCUACUGCUCUUUCUGCUGGUGCUGCUCAUUGUGUUCUUCAUCAACUGCCAACUCCGGAAUUCUUUCUUCGCCUCAAUGCCAUAUGACAGGUCACUGAGAGAGGCCCGGACCUCCUACAAGUAAUGUUAAAGCUCGUGUAGACUCUGCUGGCGCUGAGCAGUGAAACACUGACAGUAAAGUAAUUGCCUUUAUGUGUCUUAGACACUUUUGGUGCGUCUAAAUAACCUGGAAUCCCCAACGAGACCUAACCUGAGCCCUCAUCUCACUCACUGCACCUCAAAAACCAGACCUUGAGUCCAGGGGAGUUCAUCUCAGAAAACUAGUGAUGUCCCUCCCUGCUGCUGCUGCUGGAAAGAUAUCAACUUUAACUCCCAAUUAAAUUCGUGUCUCUCGUAUUUUCUGGUAAUUAAUGGAGGAAACGGUGAAACAAUCCAUCAUCCACUGCAACCCCCGCAUAAGCACUUUGGAAAUAAACCGUUUAUUCCCUCAUAUUGCCCCCACACUUCUGAGCUCCUUUUAAAUUUGCCCAGUCACUUGCAGUUUGGAUCUUCAUUACACUGACAUGUCAUGACAAAAAUGAAUCUGUUCUGGGGUUUUUUCUUCCCCAAAGCAAAGCGACGUGUCGGCAUUGAAAGGGUCAUAAAUGUGUAUAUACAAUAUUUGUGUGACUGUAACUAUAUUGUCUUGUAAACUUUCCUCUCUGCUGUGCAUUGUUCAAGGGUGAUUAAAUGGCAGAAUGUAUCGCCAACGUAUUUACACGCA